AUGAUUUUUAAAUUUGUAAUUAUUUCAAUUUUUAUUACGUAUGCCACCGGGCAGAGUAGUAAAUCAAACUACCAAUAUAAUGAAGACAAUCACGUCAAGGAAUUUUCAGAACCAGCACUUAACAGCAAAAGUGACACAAUGCCCAACUCAUAUGGAGGAGGGAAUAGUGUUUAUUUUACGAAUGGUCUUCCAAUAAAUUUUGACUCCAGAAAAAAAUGGCCAAAUUGUCCAUCGAUCGGUCAUAUUUAUAAUCAAGGAAACUGUAGGUCGAGUUAUGCUAUAGCUGCAGCUUCUGCUGUAUCUGAUAGAAUAUGUAUCCAGUCCAAUGGAACGAAAAAUCCUAUAAUGUCUGCACAGCAGAUUAUUUCUUGCUGCUAUUUGUGUGGACAUGGAUGUAAUGGCGGAUCAUUAUUCGAGUCGUGGGAUUAUUACAGGAGACAUGGGUUUGUGUCAGGUGGUGAUUAUAACUCCAACCAGGGCUGUCAACCAUAUACAAUCCCACCAUGUAAACUAAUAAAUGAAAAACCACCUAGAUACAGUUGUACGACAUAUAACAGAGAGGAAACACCAACGUGUGAAAAAAAGUGUUAUAACCCAAAUUACUACACUUCGUUCAAAACCGAUAUUUAUAAAGGUAAAUAUUACAAACUAUCUCCUUACAUGGCAAUGAAAGAAAUUUUUGAUAACGGCCCGAUAACAGCCCAGUUUUAUAUGUACAGAGAUUUGGUUGAUUACAAAUCCGGUGUAUACCAGUAUGACGAGGAGUCAGAUGUUAAUUUCUUUACUGUCCAUAGCGUAAAAAUUUUCGGUUGGGGUGAAGAAAAUGGUGUCCCGUACUGGUUGGUUGCCAACUCGUUUGGUACAGAUUGGGGUGACAACGGAACGUUUAAGAUUUCAAGAGGAAAUGACGGAUGCUUCUUCCAAGAAAAAAUGUACGCUGGAUUACCAUUGUAA